CACCCCUGGCCUUCGGAUGGACUGGAGCACCUACGAAUCGGACCCCCUGGAGGUCCCGCCCCUCACGCCCACCAGUAAGGAGGUGCUGAGCCAGGCGGUGAGCGCAACAUUUCAGGGCUUUGACCAGGAGAGGAAGGACCGACACAUCCCACAAGAUCCUCAUCUUUGGUCCCUGUGGGAAGUCAACCAUUGGCUGGACUGGUGUCUGGCCGAGUUUGGCCUCCAAUGCCUGGGUCUGAAUUUACGGGGCAUGCAGGGGAGCGAGCUGUGUGAACUGGACAGGGAGACGUUCCUGGGCCUGACCUCGGACUGUACCGCCGGAGAGAUACUGUGGGAGCACCUGGAGACGAUGCAGAGAGACUACUAUGCAGAGUAUGUUGAGCAUCAGAGUGGCCACCUGCAGUACAGUGAUGCUCACUUGGACCAAGCCCAGCAUCUCCACACCCUGGAGCCUGCAGGGUCCGUGCAACACGACGACUGUUUCUCAUUCAACGCCAGUGGACCUUGUAGAAGCACUACCCCACCGCCGCAAGAGGCUGGGGAACCCAGAGAGACGGAUUCAGAAGCGGACAUGAUCCACUAUGAGGACGCUGACAUCACCGGCUCGCUGUCCUGGACCACCCAGAUCCAGGAGACGGACCCCUUUGUCUUGCCGCAGCACCACAGAGGCUUCAAAGAGUUCAUGGGCAACAUGACCGACGUGGGUGGGGCCAUGAUACCAGCGGCCAUCCUGGCUGGCUACACGGGCAGUGGCCCCAUUCAACUCUGGCAGUUCCUCCUGGAGCUCCUGACCGACCGCAGCUGCCAGUCCUGCAUAAGCUGGACGGGCAACGGCUGGGAGUUCAAGCUGACCGACCCCGAUGAGGUAGCCCUGCUGUGGGGCCGCAGGAAGAACAAGCCCAAGAUGAACUACGAGAAGCUGAGCCGCGGCCUGCGCUACUACUACGACAAGAACAUCAUCCACAAGACGGCGGGCAAGCGCUACGUCUACCGCUUUGUGUGCAACCUGCAGGGCCUGUUGGGCUACGAGCCCGGGGAGCUACACGCCCUGCUGGACGUCAGCGCCAAGAACCAAGACUGAGCGUCGGGACGAGGUACACUGCGGACGGUGGGCAUCGAACCCACAAGUCUUUCAGCCGGGCACUGCGUUCAUACCCCCCCCUCACCCCCCUCCAUCCACUAUCAUGUAUAUGUAUGUAUAUUUUUCUCUAAUUGUAAAUUAUUACUGAUUUAAACAGGGAAAAUGGUCCAAUCAUCUGUUGACAAAUGGAAGAGGAUAUUCUGUGGUUAGUGGACAGAGGGCGGCUCAGGGCCACAGCUGAUUAAAAAUGCUUUUUUUGUACAUCCAGGGGAAUCUAGCUAGUUCCUCUACUCUUAACUAGACUCUUGCACUCCUGUCCAUGGAGACUGGUUUCAUUCAGGCCGUUUUGUUGACAAUGAUUGGGCAUUGUACUUAAUAUACUGCCCCCCUCUAACAUCCCUAUUUGAACAGUACAUGUAAGCAUGGGGCAUUGAGUCAGAUUUUAUACAUACAAUACUGCAAUUGAAGUGGUAGCCAAUGCCAUCGUGAAACCUAGUUUUGUUUAUUACUGUGGCGUUCCUGGACCUUAAAUAAAUUGAGAACGCAAAAAUCGUAGUACUCGUUGUUAAUCGUAAUACUUCAUUAAAUUAUGUUUCAUCAGAAAUAUUGCACCACUAGAUUGCAAGUGUUCAUUGGUCUGGAAUAAUGUAUUAUGUUGUUGCACACACACACACAUACACACACACACACUCACUCAAUGUUCCAUCCACCCACAGUGCAUCUUAUGUUUCAUUAGCUGCAUGGCAAAGCGGCCAUGGGGGGUAAAAGUGGUGGAAAUAAUCCCCUUCACACAAUGUGCACGGUCUCUCACACUGCACUUCACACGUCUAACCUUUUCAUUUGACGUAAUCAUGGGGUCUCUGCCUGUUACUCAUGAAACAGUCAAUCAUGAAGGAUGCCAUUCUAAAUGACAUGCUCGGAAUAACACACAAUAUUAAUGUUCUCUCUUGUACAUUUGAAUACUGUUUUUGUUUGCACCCCUCUCAGCUGUAUAAUAAAACAAGUAUACU